UGCUGUGCCGUCGUCGCCUCCACCCAGCUGCACCUCUCAAGACUCCCGACGUCCACGUCCACUUCCAUCUUCCUCUUCCUCUUCCUCCUUGCGUGCAUGUAAUGUACUGCGUAUGUAUGUCACUGACAACCACUCAAACUCACACCAAACCAAUAGAACGUACAUCUUCUUCCUUCCUUCCUUCCUUCCUUCCUCAUACAGAUAUGCAAAAGGACCGGGACCCCAAACCGCAGUGCGUGCAUUGCUCCUGCAUCAAUCUCGUCUCGAAGACUCGCCAGAUCUGACUUUUCGUCACCUACUCGUACCGUACCCUAGCUACCGCACUUGAAACCGUCCAAGCUUGUUCUCGAAACCCUUCCAGGUUCUAGCCACCUUCUCACAUAUUUCCCUAAAUGAUGGAAUGUAAGCGCGUCGACACAUCUCCGCUUGCUUCAUCGCACAGCCGAUGACGGUCAAUAAAUACCUUACCCGAUUUACCAGGUCUCUGGACUGUUGACUGAUUAAACGGCCGUCCCGGACCAAGAACGAACAGACGAAGAAAUCUCCGAGAGACGACCGAUGUUUGGAUGUUAGGUCCGUGCCUAUUGUUGACCCGAGUUGCGUUUGCGUGCUACAAACAGUUCUAUCCAUGAUGGCGGCGGCACAGGUGCUCGUCGAUGCUCUCGCUUCUCUGAAGAAUCCUGAUGGGACUUUACAAGAAGGCAAUCGGAAGUUAGCACUAGGUGCCCUUAUCUCACAAUUGACACAUUCAGAGACCGUCGACAUUCGACUUCGGCUUAAUGCCAUGAGCACACAAGGAUUGCCAGAGAAAAUACCUGCAGAAUUACACCACAAGAUUCUAGACUAUAUCAGCCUUGAGGAUUCCAUGAACCUGCGACUUGUGCGGCUUAACUGGAGUAGAAAGUUCUCGAGCGUGCAAACUUCUGCGGAGAUCGUUAAGCGGCACUUCACCGAAAAGCACGAACUCUACACAGAAGAACUUAGUGGGCUGGAGGAUGAUGACAGGAAAUUGAUCGCUGCUAAGAAUCUCAAGAUCUGGCUUGAUAAUAUCGUUAAGCAAAGGUUGCGACGAGUCCGCGGUCAAUAUGCAUCUACUUCAGUGUACUACUACACGGAAACGCCGGCAACAGAGCAGUGGGGUUCGCCGCAGUACUGUAAUGGAAGGAUAUCUUACUUGAGUCUCGACCAAAUGCUGGUAGUGAAAAACAUCUGCGGCGAGUUCACAGAUCGAUUUGCACUUCCGCAGCGAGAAUUAUUUAAUCAAUGGCUGCUCUCAGACGAGUGCAUUGUGGCAGUGUCGGGAAAUCAGCGAACGAUCUACGCAUGGCAGCUGGAAUUACCUUUUUCUACAUCUCAAAAUGAACCACAGAUACAACAAUUGCCGAACGCUAUUGCAAAGAUUACUGCUCGUCACAACCGUGUAGGGAUUGUACUUCGUCAUGGGGAGGUAUACAUCUGGGAAAUCGGGAGACCUAAAAAUCCAUUGUCAAUAGUGACCCUGCCAUGGACUACGAACCUGAAUAGGAUGAACCUCCUAGGAUCAAUUGUGGUAUUCCAUCCUUACAGGCGAGAUAUUUUUUUCAUUUAUUCCUAUACCUAUAAACGUUCCAGUCGCUUUCCGGACUCGGGCACUCAAGUAUCACAAUUUGAUUUCUACGAGUACGAAGACUUCAAACCCAAAUCCAGGCAUACGGCAUAUCAGCGUACUGUCAUUUGCAACCUACAUGGCCUAGAACCUCAAAUCAGCGCCUUACAGGAUACUUCCAUUGGGAUUUCAGAAUUCGCUGGGUUUCAAGAGCUUGUUCCCAAACGAGAUGGUCAAUUAUCUGCCAAUUUGCACGUGGACGAAGACAAUUUGUUUGUCCAUGACACACUUGUUGAAAUCGAGCGCGAACAGACCGGAUCUAAAGGUAAUUUGCUCGAAAGUGAAAGCGCCCUUCUCUCAUUUGACAUGGAAACAAAGCAAUUCCAGUGUCACAACUACUACCGGCCAUGGCAUAACAUAGAUCCAGGCUGGAAUGAACCGAGGACGGAAUCCCUGAUCUGGCGAAAUAUGACCUUAAGCCCAGUCUACCGCUCAGACAUAGCAGCGGAGAGUCCUCCGGGAAAAGGGAGACACUCUACAUGGGUUUCUGAUCAGUCAGUGCUGAUAAGCUUGCUUUUAGGAGAGACAGAUCUCCUCGUCACCGCUGUACACCACGUCCCUAGCCCCAACAAACAGGCCAGCGAAAUAUCCUGGUACAAAGAAGAACAGGAGGGCCAGACUGUUGUACAUCGGGCAGAGUUAUCUGCCCAGUUUCAACAGCGAAAGACAGCUUUCCACUGGGUCGUAAGCCAAGAUUUUACUCGCGCGGCACGUAAUGAGGUCGAGAAUGACUUUGAUUCACGGCACCGUUCCGAGGAAGUUAUUCCGCCACGGAUUUUGAAGGGGGAUGACCGUUUUGUCGUCUUGUUUAGUCCCAAGGGGUAUUUCGUCUGGUGCUUUGAUUCAGAUGCUCGCCUUGGUAUCAAAGACUCUGAGAAAGACCCGACUGCGCAAAGCAAUUGAACAGCUUAGAAGAACUCCGGUAUGGCUCAGGAAGGGUAAAUAUAGCGACUGCGGUCAUGAUACAAAUGGCAACGUAAUGCUACAAGCAAGUCAACGGGUUGGCAUUGACGUUGGGUGAUUGGAGCUUUGGCCACGGUGAACCUGUUGUGGUGCGGUGUCGCCUCUCGCUCAGGGAAAGGGUUGGAGGCGGAUUCUUAGGCAUUGCUGCGAAGUGCAAUGUGGCAGGUACUUGGGCAUAAAGAUUCCUUCAUAGAAGGAUGGGAUACGAUGUCCAGCUCUCAUUGCUGCGCAGUGACUGUUGAGUGUUACCUGAUAUGACACUGUAUCACUCACAGAGACGCUUCCCUGCCAAAAUUUGACGAUAAGCGUGCUGAGAUGGUGGUAAAAGGACUAAAUUUUUCCUCACUCCAUGGUGACUUCAAAAAAAUGAAUGUCCUGUACAAUUGCGAAGUACCUGAAUUCCAAAAUUCUAUGUAG